CGUUUAGACUGAUUGUGUUCGCGGUUGUCGUAUUCGUUAAUUAACAUUGUUCAGUCAAUUGCGAUUAAUUUAAUUAAUUAAUAAUGUUCUAAUUGUAAAUGUGUUAUACCUCAUAAGCUUAACGGAUAUAAGAUAGGAUAAUAAACAACAUGGCUGAAGAUCGGGGGAUUUUACGAAAGCGGAACAUACAGUCUUUAGUUCAAAAUGGGCACGUUAAAAAUGAGGAGGAGAUCAAAUCCCGUACUCCAGAAUUCACUCUUCGGGAGUCGAAUCUCACGGUUCUGCUGGAGAACGUGUCUCACAUUAGAGCCAUUUACCACAUCUUCGUGGUCAUACUGCUGAUGCUUCUGUUCGACACAGUCAUAUUCGAUCUCAUCGAGAGAGGAAAGAUAAAUGUGGGCUUAUCGGUUGUGGCUUACGGCUUCGGAGACGUGAGACGCGGCGCAAAACUGUGGCUCUACGAACUUUCGUGUGCCCUCGCUUUUUAUCCAGCAUUUCGUUUUUUUGGAGCUGGAACGCAAUUUCUUAAGAAAAAUACAGCUCUACAGCGAAUAUGGACGAUAAUGGGUAUAAUUGGGCUAGCGGCUCUUCAAGUGGCUCUAGUUGCAGUCCCUGUAUGGGAUUUGGGCAGAAAGCACCUGGCUCUCGCGUCGUCUGUGACUGUCACGUGUGAGAUGUUCAGAUUUGCAAUGAAGAUCCACGCCGUGGCUGCCUCUUGCGGCCAGCGCUGCUACACUGGACAGGCGCUACCUACCUUCAAGCAAUACCUCUACUUCCUCUUUGCACCUACACUCGUCUAUAGAGAUCAAUAUCCGAGGACGAAGAAAAUCCGAUGGGGCACAGUGGUGUUCCACUUCUUGGAAGUGGCGGCCAUUAUCUUUUACAACAGCUUUUUAUGGGAGCGCUUCAUUUUGCCUUACUGGUCCGAUUAUGGCAAACAGCCCAAAGUGGAAGCGGGCACGGUCGUCCGCGGCAUGUUCGCGUGCGUUCUCCCGGGCGUGAUCUCGUUCCUCUGUGGAUUCUACUGCCUGCUGCACGCCUGGCUGAACGCGUUCGCGGAAAUGCUCAAGUUCGGGGACCGAUUGUUCUAUGAGGAUUGGUGGACAAUGUCUCAGUUCUCGAAGUACUUCCGCGCGUGGAACCGCGUGGUGCACUUCUGGCUGCGGGACUACCUCUACAUGCCCCUCGCACCGCGGGCCGGACGAGCCGUGUCUAGCAGCUGUGUCUUUAUUGUAUCAUCAGUGGCACAUGAGCUGAUACUGGCCCUAUCCUUCGGAUUCUUCUACCCGGUACUCCUGGUCCAGUUCGGUGUAUGUGGGCUGUUGAUGUUGCCACUGACAGCCAUCAGCGGGCGCCGAUUCCCUAACGCCCUGAACCUAAUCAUGUGGCUGUCGUUCUUCUUUGGAAACGGUAUCCUUUGGAGUUUAUACCCCAUGGAGUACUUCGCACGGAAGAACUGCCCACCAAGCGAAGCCGACAGCUUCUUCAUCCCCAAGUCUUGGUCGUGCCCAGAGAUCGUGCUAAAACCCAACUGGACGUUCCACAACCCCAUAUUGUUAUAACCCUUCUAUUAGCCUCGACAUAAAAAUGGCUACUAUUUUUCAAUUUCCACAGUCUUACAAAUUAGAUAGACUUUAUUUUGAUAAACUCUAUUUGUAAUUGACAUCAAAUUUAAAAUCCAAACUGGUACGAAUGUUAACAUUCUUUAUGUAGUUUUUUAUAUGGCUUGUUUAUGUAAUUAAACAAAAAAUGUUGAGAAUGAAACAAGAAAUGUUU